CUUCAAUAACAUUGUCCUAAGAAAAGAAGGGCGGGGCCAUGUUUGCCCUCCCCUUCGACGGUCUGUCCCCGCCCCUUCGGUCUCCUGCCCCGCCCCCUCAGAGGGUUGGCCCCCUCCCAUCCCCCGCUCGGCCGCUUACUCCGCGCAGCUGACGCGCCUUGCGGCUUUGCAGACUGCGGCUUCGAAGAUGGGUCGCGGGCGGGUGGCGGUGGGAACGGUCGCGGUCGCGAGCGCCUUAGGACUUUUUUCCAGACUCCAAACUGCAAUUCCAACAGUAAGAACUUUUUCUGUGUCACAGCCCUUGCAUAAAGGGGCAAGCCCUGAAUGGAAUCUGGGUCGACUCAAUCAUGUGGCCAUAGCAGUGCCAGAUUUGGAAAAGGCCAUGGCAUUUUACAAGAAUGUUCUAGGGGCCCAGGUCAGCGACGUGGUCCCUGUUCCUGAGCAUGGAGUAUCUGUUGUUUUUGUCAACCUGGGAAAUACCAAGAUGGAGCUGCUUCAUCCAUUGGGAAAUAACAGUCCAGUUGCAGGUUUUCUGCAGAAAAACAAAGUUGGAGGAAUGCAUCAUGUCUGCAUUGAGGUGGAUGAUAUAAAUGCAGCCAUGAAGGAUUUGAAAAAAAAGAAGAUCCGUAUUCUAAGUGAAGAGGUCAAAAUAGGAGCACAUGGAAAACCAGUGAUCUUUCUUCAUCCCAAAGACUGUGAUGGAGUCCUUGUGGAAAUGGAGCAAGCUUGAAUUAUAUUUGAUUGAAAGUAAAUUAAUUGAUCUGAAAAAUCUUUAGAAAGUAGCAUCAAAAUAUUCUAUGGCAUUAAGUCCUGGACUGAUGCCGUCACUUAAAAGUUCAAAGUUUAAAAACGAAUGACAGAAAGAUUAAAAUAUUAAUGAAUAAAUAAAUAUAGGUAUGUACUUAUGUGUAUGACACAAACACAUUUGUUAAUCACUGAGAUUUUCCAUUGAUUUGGAGAAAGCUUGAUUACUAAAUACUUAGGGAACAUUAUUUUAAAAAUUAAAUUCUUGGAAAUAAAUUA